AUGACGACGCAUUUAAAUACGUGUCUUACUCUAUUACGUUGGCUUUCAUUAUCAAUACGCACAGGAAUGUACAGCUACAUUUGGAUUUGCUUUUUUCUUAUUAUCACAUGUAUUUCUGGUAAUAACGAUGAAUUCAAUAUAGAUGGAACAACAGCUGAUGGUUGGGAAUUUGUUCGAGAUUUAUUUCGAGAAAACUUUGUCGAAGAACGAGAUUUAGGUGCAUCGUUAGCGAUCUAUUAUCAAGGAAAUUUAGUUGUUGACCUCCAAGGCGGAUGGUUUGAUAAAUUGAAAUCAAAAUCUUACGAUAAUAAUUCGUUACAAUUAGUAUUCUCAACGACAAAAGGUUUAGUGGCAAUAGCUGUUGCAUUAUGUGUUCAACAAGGUCUUCUCGAUUAUUCUAAAUUAGUUACAAACUAUUGGCCUGAAUAUGGACAAAAUGGAAAAGAAAAUACGACAGUCGCCGAUAUUCUUUCACAUCGUGCUGGUUUACCAUUUGAUUUUUCACCAUUUGAUGACUAUUUGAAUUGGACGUUGAUGACAAAUAGAUUAGAACAAGGUCAACCUGUAUGGAAACCAGGAACAACUCAUGGUUAUCAUGCAUUAACAUAUGGUUGGUUAGCAGGUGAACUUGUUCGACGAGUUGAUCCAAAAAAUCGAACUUUAGGUGAAUUUAUUCGAGAUGAAAUUGCAAAACCUUUACAAAUUGAAUUUUAUGUUGGUUUACCAUCCGAACAAGAAUAUCGUGUUUCACCGUUAGAUCUCCAACCAUAUCAAUCUUCACUUGAUGAUUUCAAUAAAAAUACUACACAUAGAGCAGAAAUUCCAGGUGGAAACGGAAUAACAAAUGCUCGAUCUUUAGCGAGACUUUAUGCGAGUUUAAUUGGUAAUGUCGAAAAUAAUCGUUAUCAACAAAUCUUAACCGAAGAUAUUUUAAAACGAGCAAUCAAAUCGAAUACACCUCCACAUGAAAUUGAUUUCGUUUUGAAUAUUACAACAACAUUUGCUAUGGGAUUUUCUGUAAUGAAUGACCUAUUUCCAUCAUUGGGAUCGGAAAUUUUUGGUCAUCAAGGAAUUGGAGGAAGUAUUGGAUUUGCUGCGCCUGAGAAAAAUCUUUCAUUUGCAUAUGUUGUCAAUCGAUUGGAAACUCAAGUGAUUGAUAUUGAUCAUCGAUAUAAAACAAUGAUAAAAGAUAUUGCACAAAUGAUCGAUCGAAAUCAUGCGACAAAUCUAAUCAACAAUUUCUCUUUUCAUCUUCUGACUUUUUUCGUGUUUUUUCAUCGUUUACGUCAGUAA